CCACGCUUCUCGUUAAGUUCGCCCCUACAAAAAGAAGCAUCUCAGUAUGGAGUCAAAGUACGCCAAAGUUCAUCAGUCGCCCAAGGGUCCCGGUGAUGCCCGUCCCACCGCGCUCCAAAUCGUCAAAGAUGCCGGCCGGGAAGAUAACAUGACCGGCAAAGUUAUCCUGAUCACCGGCUGCUCAUCCGGCCUGGGUAUCGAGACCGCACGCGCACUCUUCCAGACCGGGGCGACAUUAUACCUCACUGCUCGCGACUUGGAGAAGGCGAAGUCCGCAUUGGGUGACCUAGUGGACAGCCCACGCGUCCACCUUUUGCACCUGGACUUGAAAUCCCUUGAAUCAGUGCGUGCAUGCGCCCAGGAAUUUCUGUCCAGAUCCAAAACUCUGAACAUCCUGAUUGCGAACGCUGGCGUGAUGGCAUGCCCCGAAGGCCGAACAGCGGAUGGAUUUGAAACCCAGUUCGGGACCAACCAUCUCGCGCACUUUCUGCUGUUCUAUCGCCUUAAAUCCUGCCUCCUUUCUUCAUCCACCCCGGCGUUCAACUCGCGCGUCAUCAUUGUUGCGUCUAGCGCCCACCGUGUCUCCUCCGUUCAUCUCGACAACCUCAGUCUGCAAGGUGAAUACGAGGCCUGGAAGUCCUACGGUCAGAGCAAAACCGCCAACAUCUGGACAGCAAACGAAAUUGAGAGACGAUACGGUGCUCAGGGACUCCAUGCGUUCAGCUUGCAUCCGGGUGCCAUUGCAACAGAGCUUCUUCGCCAUGUAUCGGACGAACAGAAAGCCGACUGGGAGAAGAAUGAUUUCCUGAAGAAUUACUGGAAGAGCCCUGAACAAGGCGCCGCAACUAGUGUUUGGGCAGCGGUUGCAAAGGAAUUGGAAGGGACGGGGGGCAAAUAUCUGGAUGACUGUCAAAUUGCACCUCCGGCCGACCCGUCGCAGCGACAUGGACCGGGGUAUGCAGAAUGGGCAUAUAGUCCGGAAAUGGAGGCGAGACUGUGGGCUAAAACACUUGAGCUGCUUAACGAAGCUUGAAUAUGCUAGGCGGAGACGAUGGAAAGUAUAGCAAUGGGCUUUUUGUGCGGGCAAUAGAUGCACCGUGAAUUAGACGAUUUGGAGAUUAGGACCGUGAUGUAUUCCGAUAUUGCCUUUAUCCCCCUCGGUGUUAUUUUGUACCCUCUAUUUGUCGCUUAUCUAUACUUUAUCGCAUGACCAUCUUUGUCGAGGACAGCAAGGAAAUUC